UCCAACCAACACCCACACCACACCACACCACACCUCACCUCUUCUAAUCUUCUUUAUAAUCCAUUCAUCUCCACAUUUCCAAGUUCAGGGUCAGCAAAUACAAAACAAAAAUACACACACACGCAAGCCCUCAAAUUCAAUACUUUGAUCUAAGAUUUCCCGAAAAAGUUUUUGUUUUUCUUGAAAAACACACCCAGAAUCUUGAAGAAAUAAUGCAGUACCAUACAAUGGUUUCUUCUUCUCCACCAGACACUAGCAAAACAACAAAGCUGGAACGCUAUAACAGCUACAUCCGCCGUGUAAACAGCACGAAGCUUCUUCAAGCCUCCUCGAAACUCCUAUUCCGCGUAACCCUUUUAGUUGCCCUUCUUUUGAUCUUAUUUUUCACUCUUAAUUAUCCGCCAAUUACGGAUAAUCCGCAUCAUAUCCACUCCAAGAAUAAUUUGUUUUCCUCCGCCUUUUAUGGAAGUGGCGCCGCCUGGGAAAAACAAGUCCGCCACUCUGCCACACCUCGACGCCCUAAUGGGUUCUCUGUGUUGGUCACUGGGGCUGCCGGAUUUGUCGGCGCGCAUUGUUCCUUGGCGUUGAAGAAACGCGGAGAUGGUGUUUUGGGUUUGGAUAAUUUUAAUUCUUACUAUGAUCCAUCGUUGAAAAGGGCGAGACAGAAGUUACUUGGGAAGCAUCAAAUCUUUGUAGUCAACGGAGAUAUUAACGAUGCCGAACUGCUAAAUAAGCUCUUCGACAUUGUCCCCUUCAGCCAUGUUCUUCACCUGGCGGCGCAAGCUGGGGUUCGUUAUGCUAUGCAAAACCCACUUUCCUAUGUUAAUUCAAACGUAGCCGGAUUUGUGAAUUUGCUUGAGGUUGCAAAAUCGGCUGAUCCACAACCCGCCAUUGUUUGGGCUUCUUCAAGCUCUGUUUACGGGUUAAACACAGAAGUCCCAUUCUCAGAAGGCCACCGGACUGACAAGCCGGCGAGCUUAUACGCCGCCACAAAAAAAGCCGGCGAGGAAAUUGCUCACACUUAUAAUCACAUUUACGGGUUAUCCCUUACUGGGUUGAGAUUCUUCACAGUUUAUGGACCAUGGGGCAGGCCGGACAUGGCUUACUUCUUCUUCACCAAGGACAUACUCCAAGGCAAGCCGAUUAACGUGUAUGUUACACCGGACGGCAAAGAGGUGGCGCGUGAUUUCACCUACAUCGACGAUAUAGUAAAAGGAUGUGUCGGUGCACUCGACACGGCGGAGAAGAGCACCGGCAGCGGCGGCAAGAAGCGUGCGCCGGCACAGCUGAGAGUGUACAAUCUAGGCAACACCGCCCCUGUGACGGUGAACAAAUUGGUGGGCAUCUUAGAAAGUUUGCUUAAUGUGAAGGCGAAGAAGCACAUGACCAAGAUGCCAAGAAACGGUGACGUUCCAUACACCCAUGCUAACGUGAGCCUGGCGUACAGGGAGUUGGGGUACAAGCCUACCACGGAUUUGGCUACAGGAUUGAGAAAAUUCGCAAAAUGGUACACAAGUUAUUAUGGGUUUGAAUCAAGGGUAAAAAGGGAAAUUCAAUCAGAUGAUUAAAAGUAUAUAUCUCCAUCAUCACAUGAUGUGGUGGGGUAUGUAUGUUGAAUUUUCCUUUUUUCAAUUUUUAUUUCAAUAUAUUUUCCCAAAUUUAUUCCUUUAAAAAAAAAAAAAAAGUUGUCUGUAUCUCGACCGACCAAUUGAUGUUGAUGUUGAUGUUGAUGUUGAUGUUGUUGUAGCAUAGAGAGAAUUUUAUACAGAACAGAAUUAAGCAGAAUUAUAAAAAGAAAAGGGCAAGUGUACAUCCAUUGAUAUGUAAUUUUAAUUUGUUUGUACAACAAUGAAGACAUCAAUCAAGAUUCUUCUUCUAUGUUUCUUGAUUUAUUUUAUUUUAA